AUGAAGAAACACUUGUCCAAACAGAAAAAAACAGAAGAUCCCAGGAAAUACCGAAGGAACAAUAGGUAUAAAGGAGCAAGAAAAAGUGUACCAAACGGACACAAAUACCUAAAUACAAACACAAAACAGUACAAUACAGUACAGAACGUCGAUCGACGGAACGAACGUGAAAAUGUAAUACAGAAAAAUUACAAACAUAACUCUAAAAGAAGAGAAACAUACAGAAACAAAAACUGCAGUAAUAUUAACGCAACUGAAAGAAGUAACACGAGGACGUAUCGUGAUCACAGAAAUACAAAACAAUACGGACCACAGGAGCCGAAGAUAUACCGUGACAAAACGUACAGAAAUACAAAAGAAAAUAGACGUCGGGAUACGAGGAAGUAUCGGGAGCAAACAUACAGGAAAACAAACGAAAACAAGAAGAAAUAUUACAAGGAUAAAAAUAGAAAAUAUGAAAGACAAAAUUAUACGAGAAGGAAUCAUGUAAACUAUACAAAUACGAAUAAACAUGAAACAUAUGAAAGAAUAACUUAUCGGAAUGAAACUAGAAUCCAAAAUAAUAGAGGAGCACGGCAAGCUCAACAAAGAAGAAAUACUAACAGAAGAAGAAACAAACAAUGGACUCGGGUGACUUACACUCACCAUGAGCAACAGAAGAAUUCGGUGCCUGAUGCAAAUUCUUUCGGGAAAGUAUGCAAACUAGAUAGGGAUUGA